AUGCAGAUCUUUGUCAAGACCCUCACCGGCAAGACCAUCACCCUCGAGGUCGAGCCUUCGGACACCAUUGACAAUGUCAAGGCCAAGAUCCAGGACAAGGAAGGAAUUCCUCCUGAUCAGCAGCGUCUCAUCUUCGCUGGCAAGCAGCUCGAGGAUGGCCGUACCCUCUCGGAUUACAACAUUCAGAAAGAGUCCACCCUUCAUCUCGUUCUCCGCCUCCGUGGUGGUAUGCAGAUCUUUGUCAAGACUUUGACCGGCAAGACCAUCACUCUUGAGGUCGAGUCCUCUGACACCAUUGACAACGUCAAGGCCAAGAUUCAGGACAAGGAGGGUAUUCCCCCUGAUCAGCAGCGUCUCAUCUUUGCCGGCAAGCAGCUUGAAGAUGGCCGCACCCUCUCCGACUACAACAUCCAGAAGGAGUCGACUUUGCAUCUUGUCCUCCGUCUUCGUGGCGGUGCCAAGAAGCGUUGCCAGAAUGGAGCAGGCACAGACGGUCAGUGUAAAGAUGCAGCGAUCAACCUUGUAGGAGAGUGCCCACACUGCAGCCUCAAAUUCUGCGGCAAGCACCGUCUUCCCGAACAGCACAAGUGUGCACAGGUCGAGCAGGUUCGCAACGCUGCCUUUGCUGCUAACAAGGCAAAAUUGGAGAGCGAGCGUACCCAAGCUACCCGUGGUCUUGCUCACUAA